CAGAGCCCCGCCCCAGGCGCCGGAGCAGUCGCGGGCAGUUAAGUUGGGCGAGGGCGUUUCCGUCACUGACCCGCCAACUAUGACGAUCACUUAUAGCUGCAUUGCUAACGGAAGAGCGGUCCUAGCGGAGCUGGCCCUGACCGGCGGCUCCUAUCAGGAAGCAACGGCAAGAGUGCUUAAACUAGUGCUUCUUAGAGCUGAACCAAAGACCAUAAUUCAAAUGGGAAGCUUUGUCUACCAUACUCUCUUUAUUGAUGGAAUCACUUACCUAUGUGCUACAGACAGUGCCUUGGACUCUGUAACACCACAUGCAUUUCUUAAAAAUGUUAGCGAUACUAUUCUGAGAAAUCCUCUGAAGUCACAAGAAUAUUUUUCUCCUUCAAAUGCAAUUGCUGCAGAUUUUCAGCAAGUAUUAGGAAAAUAUAUGAUGAUAUACAAUAAAAAUCAAGAUGGCAACUCAGUAUGCACACUGAAAAGUCAAAUAACUGAUGUAAAAAACAUUAUGAGUGAAAAUAUUGACAAAAUUUUGGAGAGUGAAGAAAGAUUGAAUAACUUCACUGAUAGAACAGAUGAUGUCACAACAAUGGCUAAAGAGUCCCCACAAACAAGAAAGAUUUUUAGGAAGAUAUGGUGUAAACACUUCAAAAAGAUUAUAAUCAUCAUUAUGACAAUUCUUCUUUCAAUCAUCAUCAUUCUCUUAAGUACAAAUGUAAUACCAACCUGACUCCUCUUCUCCUCACCCCCAAAAGGUAGCAGUAAAUUGUUAAAUGUAAUUUUAAAGUUUUACAACCAACAAUUACAAAAGCAUUCUCUAGUGGUAGGAAAAUGGGAAGAAGUGGAGGUAGGACGCAUUGCCUUGUCCCUUGACUCUUGACUUGGUGUGUCUUCCAUUUCUGAAAUCCCACUGCUACACUAUUUCCCCCGGCUCUUUGUUAUGGAUUAAGAAUACAGACCCUGGAAUCAGACUGACAAGGUUUUAACUCUUCCUACCACAUACCACCUAGCCAGCUUUGGAAAAAUCACUUAAUCUAUACCAGUUUCUGUAUUGUAAAAUGGGGCUGAUAAUACCACAGAGUUGUUAUGUCUGCCAUAGUAAAUGCUAUUCAAGUUUUAACUAUUAAAAGAUGAUAGCAUGAAUGGCACUGAUUAAAUCUCUGUCAUUUUAGUCCUCAGUUAGUAAUUACCUUCACUUUCAAAUUCCCUUAGAAAUGUGACACUCUAACAUGAGAACAAGUCCAGAGAAAUACCUCUUCUUUCAUUUGAAAUGAAAAGUCAAACUAAUGUGUAAUUCCUUGGGUAAAGCAAUUAAGAGUCUUCUUAACUCUUAACUUUACCAUUUCUUUAACAAAUCAUAGUUCCCAGCCUCCUAACCUGUUACCUCCUAACAGCCAUUUUUUUCCCACAUGAUACACUUAUCUCAUAUCACGAAGCUUUCUAACAACAAAAGCAUCCAACU